ACUAGUUCUGUUUCUGUUAGUUGAUAAGUACCAGUGACGUACACUUCUUUCUGUACGCUGUCCCAACGAGAACGAUGUGCUUCGCUGUUUAGUCUGCAAGGAGCAAAGUGGAAUUAGGUUUCAGUAGUACAAAAUAUGUUUACGGUGGCGCAGUAGAUACAGCCAUGAUUAGUAAGACGUAGUCGAAGUGGAAAUGGACAUACGUUGCAAGACGAGUUAAAUGACAAGCUUCACUUAAGAAAAGACAAGCAUAAAGAUGCAACAAGAAGAUAAUCGUAAAUCUGAAUCUAGCAACUUGACUCCAGAAAAAUUGCAAAGAACUCCUCGAGAUGGAGGAUCUAUUAGAAGAGACGCGUCUCAUUCGGAAGAGCGGAGCAAACGGAGAAUUCAUUAUACUCCGUAUAAUAGUCCCGAAAAGUAUUCUAAAACUCCUCAAAGUAGUGGAUCUUUUAGGAAAGAAGUUAUGAAAUCACAACUGGAUAGUAAUAAGCGUAAGAUUCAAUCGACACACAACGAAAGUCUCGAAAAGAUUCCGAAAACUGAUCAGGGCAGUAAAUUCGUUAACACCUUGAUAAGUCAAUGGUCAAAACAUAUGGGAGUGCAAACCCCCUUGUCUCAAGCAGCAAAGCAGGCACAGGAAAGUCCGAUGUCGGAAGAGAUUAGAGGAAAAUGCAGCGUUGAAGAAAAAAAAAUCCAAAAAUUACAAAAGAAACUGCAAGCUGCUGAAGAAACUAUAUCUUCACUGUCUGUUGCUCAUGAGGCUGAAGUAAAAGCUAAGGAAGAAAUACUGCAGCAGUUGAACAGCGAUUGGGAAUCAAUUACUAAAUAUUACUAUGAAAUCUCAGAAAGUUUAAAGCAGUUCCAACAGCACAAAGAUAAUUUAUCAGAGUUGUAUAACAACGUUAUACUUAUGCAACAAUCAACAGUAAAAAGGUUACAACAGGAAUUAAGUAGUAUGAGAUUAAAAGAUGAUGAACACAAGAACAUUAUUACUGGUAUUGAAAGUAAAGUAUCACAGCAAGAAAAACGAAUACAAGAAAUGUUAACUGUGGAGGCUGAAUUGAAAAAGCAGUUAGAUGAUGUAAAGAAGAAGUCAAUUGUAGAGAAAGAUCAGUUACACAAUAUUCAUGCAGAAGAAAAAUUAGAAUUAAUGAAGAAACAAGACAAACUCACGUCGAUAAACAACGAUUUACAAGUGCAAUUGCAAAAGAUCGAACAAGAGAAACAAGGCUUGAGUAACUUGUUCGUGGAAAAAGACGAGAAAAUCACCAAACUGCAAGAACAAAUUGUUGCGUGCAAAAAUAAGGAGCAGGAUUUAUUGCAUCGAAGCACAGAAUUAAGUUUGAAGUAUGAAGAGUCAAUUCGUAAAGAAGAAGAAUUAAGAACACAAUUAGAGUUGAAAGUGCAAGAAAUCAAUAGAUUACAAGAACAUAUAAAGGCAAGACAAGAAAUAGAAUCAAGCUUAACUAAAGAUCUUGACCUUAUUGAUAGCAAAUAUAAAACUAUGCAAGAUGAUCUUUUAAAUUUAAAAAAUAAAUUAAAUGAAGCACAAGUUCGUAAUUCGGAUCUAGAAACAUCUCUGGAAAAUAUGAAAUAUAAUAACCAGCAGAAAAUAACAGAAUUGAAUAAAACUAUUAAGAGUUUAGAAGAAGAAAAUAAUAGAGUACUCUCUGAGAAACGUUCAAAAAUUCAGGAAUUGGAAAAUACUUGUAAAUUAUUAAGAGAAAGGCAUGAGAAAGAGAUAACAUCUUUGAAGAACGAGUUCGAGAUUGAACGUGCCGAAAUGAGAAAAACGAUAGACAUGCAAAAUUCUGCUUUCACGAAGUUAAACGAUACUUUGAAUAAGAUGAACGAGACAAACCAGAUAAAAGAAAAAUACUAUCAUGCGAAAGAGAAUCAUGAUAAAUUGCAAGACAGAUUGAAUCAAAAAUCACAAUCAAUUGUAGAAUCUAACUUGAGCCAGAUGAAGAUAAGCGAGAGCCACGAAAUAGAAGAGCAACAAUUGCAAGAGAACAUUGCAACACAAAAAGUUGCAUUCAAAAAUAAAAAUGAUAUAUCAGAUUCAAAAAAGCAGGAUAUAUAUACUUUCAGUACAAAAUCACAGCAAAAUAUAUCACCUAUGAAGCAAAAUAAGUUCAACUUCAGUUCUUCAAUGAAGGUUUCUGAUAGUGUUGAAAAAUAUUCUUCUUACCUUUCUCAAAGUAAGAAUUUAAUGCAAUCAUUCACAAAAUCACAGGAAAAUAAAGAAAGAAUAAAUGAGGAUCUAAUUAACGCAACACAAAAGAAGAAAAUAUUUAAAACACGUAGUACUGGUUUAAAACAGUAUGGAACACCUCGAAAAAUAUUAAAAAAAUAAAAUGUCUUGCAUAAUAUUACAAUAUGCGAUGCUGCAUAUAAAUUCUUAAGUUUAU